AUGAAAAGAAUCUUUUCUGGGGCGAAGUCACCAAAAUUGCCAAAUCCAUCCAGUUUCUUCCAAAGAGAUGCAUCUGAAUCUUCUACUUCCUCUAGUCCAAGAAAGAGCCAUUCCAGGGCCUCCUCCUUUGCUAAGAGGUUGACUAGUGGCGAUUCUUCGCAAAUUUUGCCUCAAUUUGACGUUCCAAUCGAUGAAAGAGAACCAACGGAAUUAUCACCGGAGUUAGUGCCAAUUGUAACAUUAUUGUCAUCUCAAGCGCAUAGGAGGUACCACAAAGGUGUGAUCUUGCUUUUACACGAUUUGAAAAAUGAUGGUUCUGCAGCUAGCAGAAAAUGGAAAGAAGUUUAUGCUGUAUUACUAGGUACGCAGUUAGCUUUAUGGGAUGCUAAGGAGUUAUCAGACUCAGGAAGCAAUUCUGAGAACAGAUUGAAAGAUUUGGCUUCAAGACCAACGUAUAUUAAUUUCUCAGAUGCCACCCUAAGGUUAUUAAAUUCUAAUGAUGACCUAUUAAGUGGAAAAUCUUUAGAGAAUACUGUUGUCGUCUCUACUACCUUGAAGAACAGGUAUUUCAUACAAUUUAGUGACAAGCGAUCUUUAGAUGAUUGGUAUACUGCUAUUAGAUUGAGCUUAUACGAGAAUAUAUCUUUGCAAGAAGCCUACACAGGCGCAUUCCUUUCUAGUAGAGGCUCAAAUUUGGGUGAUAUCAAAAAUAUAUUGGCGCCAACUAAUAAAUUUGACCAUGAAGAUUGGGUUAGUGUGAGAUUUGGUGCUGGUAUGCCAUGGAAACGUUGUUAUGCAGUAGUCUCCCAACAGAAUGGUAAGAAAAGUAAAGAUUCCUUUGGUCGUAUUAAUUUUUAUGAGAACGACAACAAAUUGAAAAAAGCCAAUAUUAUGGCCUCUGUAACUGAAUGUAAAGCUGCUUAUGCAGUCUACCCCUCAUCUCCUGUCCUGAUCGAUGCAUCGACUAUCCUUAAGUUACAAGGUACAAUGUCUUUCGAAAAAGAUGAAGAACCACAAGAAACCGUUAUCUUCAUUAUGCCAGAGAAACAUCAAGGUGUCCCCGGUUAUGAUACUAUUAUAAGAUUUUUAAUUCCAGUUCUGAACGCAUUUAGACUAUACGGUAGACCAGAAAAGCUGAUUGCCAGUAGAGAUCAUCCAAACUCACUGUUAUUUGCUUUGCCAACAUUACCUCAUGUGCACUACUUACAAACCUCCGAUAUUUUACCAUUUGUACAGAAUUCCUCAGCUUACAAUUGGACGGCAAAAGAAUGGAAUGAUAACAUAAAAGAUUUCUUGCAACAAAAACUGCUAGAAGGCUACACAGGUUGUGGCUCAAAAGCUAAAAUUCCAUCAUUUUUAAGUUCCCCUAAUAUUCCAGUGCAGGAACUUUUCAGAGACUCUAAUACUUUCCUAUCAUCUUCUGAUUCAUCUUCGACAGUUCCAUCAAGUAGCCCCGUCUUUUUGAACAAUCCUCCGAUACCAAGAAAUAGUUUCUUGGAUCCAGCUGCUGGUUCUUCUGUAUCUCGUUCUCGCACGUCCUCAGUUAAAAGAAAUUCUGCGUCCCAUUUCGAUAUGUCUUAUUCCAACCCGAACGUUCCAAAUAGCAGUAAUACUUACCAUACUUCCUCUCAGAUGGGAAAAAGUGAUCUAUAUGACCAAAACAGAGGUUUCAACAGUGUUGACGCUAGUUUCAACGAUUUUGGAAAUGUGACAUCCUAUAAAAAUGGUGAACCAGCCUCUGACUUACAUAGAAAUCAAGCUAUAGUACCUAAAAUCCUGAAUACUUAUGAAAGCUCCUAUGAAAAAUAUAUGGGUAUAAAUAAUGAGGAGAAGAAAUUUCAAGUCCCAAAUAUCAGGGAUUCAGUGAACCCAGCCACGGAUUCAGAUAAUAAUAGUUUUGCAUCCGCUGACUCACAGUUAUUUAAAAGCGGAAAUGGAAGUGAUUUGAGAAUAGAAGAUGAAUUGAAUGAACUGGCAAACAGGAUGAAAGGGCUAGGGAAUGAAAGUGUGAAAUCUGAUUCAACUCAUCGUAAACUUGAUGUCCCUGAAAUUAGUGAAACUCCUUCUGCUAACAAAACAAUAAGCAACUUGCAAAGUGCAGCAAAUCCCUCUUACACUGGAGAGCAAGAUAUUUUUAAUUCAUCUUUCAUGGAACAAGAUCAAAUGAUGGGGGCAGAAAAUUCUUAUAUGACACAGACAUAUAACCAUGUUCCUACUUUAAAUGGAUCCAAGGGGCCAACAUCACAAAUUAAAAGCUUUCCUCAUUCAAGAGGGAUCAAGAACUUGAAAAAUGUGACCGCUCUCAAUGAUUCGAGUCAUGUUUCUCCUGUCAAAUCGGUUUGCAGUGGUAUAGACAACUCCGAGAAAAUUCCAGAUAAUUCUACUUUUAUUCAGCCUAGAACAACGCAUCCAUAUGCUGAUAGAAUUAGAGCAAACUCUGGUGCUAGUAAGUGA